AGUUGUGUGUAUUUCACGUGCGGAACAGUUCAUUGACUAAGUCACAACUCUGCCUUCCACCUUGGCUUGGGGUCCCCAGUUCGAAUCCUACCUGGUCAACAUGUGAAUUAGGGACGAGGAAUUGUUGUUGAACUAUAUGGCCACGACGUCGAGUUAGGCUCCACGCCUAGCCGUGUGGUCGGGUCACAAACCACACCUCCAUCGCCGCACCUUUCCACAUCACUCUGGAGCAUUUCGGAUCGGCCGAACCAACACCACCAGACAAAGACAAGGAGUCCGAGGAUUCCUAAAAGAGGUGUGGCUUGCUGAAUCGCACGCCCAACCUGGCCAAUCCGCAGAUGACCCCAUCCUACCUGGACUUUGGCACGUGUCUGGUGUCGCAGCAGCGGGAGCUGGAAGUGACCAUCAGCAAUCCGACGGGCUCGGCCAGCUUCUGGACGGUCAUUUCUGAUCCCCAGAAGCAAGCGGAGGAAUUGUUCCGCGUUGUGCCGUCAUCCGGCUUUCUGAAAGCGCAUGUCACCCACGUUUCUCGCAGCAAAAUGAUCCACAAAGUUCACUUCACCGCCAGGCACAACGUGGCCUACAGGGGCAAGUUUAUCUUCCAAGGCAUGCUGGGGGAAACACCUCAGGAGCUAGAGGUCAGAGGUCAAGGGUCAUACGACAGCCGCCACGAAGCCUUGGUCGACGUGUGACCAGAUUCUUUAAGUUCCUUGAAGGGGAUGGACACCAUGCAAAUAUUCAAAAAUGAAACUGUCAAAAAAUUGUGAAUUAUCCGUCUUGAUUGCAAGUAAAUGAUAGGAUCAAGCACCUUGUGAAAUUGUUGCGCAUGGUAUGCUGUAAGUUUUGCGCAUGGUAAGAGGAAUUAACCAUUAUUUCCUUGUGAUGGUUAGGGCCAAACCACUGUGCUUUCAACGGAAACCUGCUCUUUGUGUCAAGAAAAAUAAAGAUGCAUUUUCAGUUUUCUCAAAAAGUAUAUCUAAUAAGCUGCUUCUGAUUCACUGUAUUGUUGUUAAUAAAAUCAGCAAAAAUACAAACAAAAAAAUUGGAAAUGGUGUCCAUAACUUUUAACAAGGAAGCUUCUUAUAUCACUGGACAUGAACUUGGCGUCAACCACAUGAACAUAAAAUUAUCCGACCAAUAUGUAGAAUGCUGGCCAAAAAUGUAUUAUUAAAAUAAUUGAGGAAAAAUUUCUGCAUUAUAUGCCUCAUAUGUUUGGAUUUUAUCAGUUAAUUUCUAUAUAUAUUUUAAGCAGUUUGACUUCAUUGUAAAGUCUUUGCAAAUUUAUAAAUAUAGGUCAUCAACUGUAUAUAGUUAAGGCAAAUAAUAAACAUGUACUGCAGAAUUUUUUUUAAAGUACUGAGUACACGUAUUGUCACAAUAUUGGAAACUGAAGCAUAUUUAUUUCGCUUUCAUUUUUUUUUUUUGAAAAUCAUUUGUAUUACAUGUAACUUUGAGAAUUGUUUUAUUUGAUUUAUUUUCCCCCUAUUUUGGAAGACAGUAAGAAUUUGAAAAAUGAAAAUCAAAAACUUGACAAAAAAUUCUAUGCAUAAGGUCCAACUGGGCAUUUGAUGCCUUGAAUCUUAUUAUCGCACAGGUUCCAAUAUUGCUGAUACGAUGAAAAAAAAAUUCAUUAAUUACUUAAAGGGAAUAACGGCCUGGAAUGCA